ACGAUGUCGUUUGGCAAAUCUUUUUUUUUAAUAUACAAAAGUUCACUUCAAUGUAGAACCGGGACCAGGACGAUUGAUCCGCGACAUAAUUCAGACCGAUAUACGGCAUACGGGCAGAGGUCUCGAGCGGUGAGGUGAGCGCUUCUGGUGAGGAUGGAGAGCUCACAGUUACAGAACGCCGGAUCAGAAUCAACAACGGCGGCGGCGAGGAAUUCAUUGUCGGUUCCUUUGUGGCCUACAGUUGAUGGGCCACUUGGCCUCUCGCCGGAGGAGUCCAUCAGCUAUGCUCGGAGGUUCUUCAAGUUUGGGUUCUUAAUGCUGCCGUGGCUUUGGGCUGUCAAUUGUUUUUAUUUCUGGCCUGUUCUCCGCCAUUCCCGUUCUUUCCCUUACAUUCGUCCUUAUGUUUUGGGAUCAGCAGUUGGGUUCGUGGUAUUUACAACUCUUCUAUCUUCAUGGGCUCUUACAUUUGCGAUUGGAGGGGAGCAUCUCCUUGGCCCUGUUUGGGAUCGCCUAGUAAUGUAUAAUGUUGCUGACAGAUUGGGGUUGACAGGUUGGAGCUAGUCUUAUGCCAACGUUUUCAACUUAACUACGUUAUAAAUUGAUUUCCAUUGUCUAUAAUAACGCAAACCCGUGUCGUCUUCUGAGAUAUUCUAUGCCCAAGGUUUGUAUUCUAUGAAGUAGUUACUGUGGAAGCUAUUUUUGCAGGUUCCAUCUGCUUAAUGGAAAACCAAAUAUGUAAAUGAUUUUUUUUUUUUUAAUAUGCGGAACCGAAUCUGUAAAUGAAAUGUUUUGUCUAUGCAGGUUAAGCUGCUUACCAUUGUUGAGAUUAAAAAAUUACUAAAGUUCUUUUAACUUUA